AUGCUAGAAUUGCCUAACGAGCUGUUGGGGAACCGAGUCCCUGGUGCUACGGGAUUUGAGCCGAGAUGGCGGCGCGUCUUCAAGUUAGAGGACUUGCCAUGGCUAGAAGCUCACCACAUACAGAAUCAGGCCGUUAUCCCUACAGCUCUGUUUUGCGUCAUGGCCCUUGCGGCCGCCAUGGAUAUCCGCAAUGGUAAACAAGCAGACAGCAUCGAGCUCUCUGACGUUACCAUCGGACGGCCGAUUGUACUAGAAGCAUCUUCAGUGGAGAUUGAGACCUCGCUCUCAAUAAGCAGUCUUGUCGACUCUGGUAAUGAUGGGAUUGACACCAUCCAUGCAGAGUUAAGUCUCAACAGGAGCGCCGCGCAGGACCCAAACAUGGCCACUGUAGCCACGGGAAGGUUACGCAUGACUUUCGCAGACGACGAGUUAGCAUUAUUAUCCUCCUCCAGACAACCCAAACCGUGCGGGUUGAGGCCUGUGAACAUCAACCAAUUUUAUGAUUCCCUAAGCGAAGUAGGCCUGAGCUAUAGUGGACCUUUCAGAGCUUUGACUUCUGCUGAGAGGCGUAUGGACUAUGCAUGCGCUGUUGUCGCGCCGAUGACCGGGGGAGCAUCAAGUAUAUCAGCUCUGCUUCACCCAGCCAUCCUGGAAGCUUGCUUCCAGACACUUUUACUUGCCUUCGCCGCCCCUCGGGAUGGUUCAUUAUGGACGACGUUCGCACCUACAAAGAUCGGGCGUCUGGCAUUGUUUCCGAAUUCAUGUUUCGGCCUCGAUACACCAGCCUCAGUAACUGUCGAGGCGCACCUACAGAAAUAUACUGCAGGGUAUGAAUCGGAGUUACCAAGAAUCAAUGGAGACGUCAACGUCUACAGUUCAGAGACUGGGCAGUUACAAUUCCGCCUCGAAAGUCUCACCAUGACUCCCAUAAGUCCCUCUACCGAGAGGCAAGACAAACGGCUGUACUUGAAAAAGAUCUGGCGACCAGACAUUCUCUCGGGGGCAGUGCUCGAGCAUGACGAUCAUAUCGCCUGUUACGAGCGCUUGGGCCCGUCGCAGGCUCACAAGUACCUACUGGCGGCAACCAGACUGAUCUCACAUCGCUACGCAAAGUUAAACAUUCUCCAGGUUGGAAUCUCUUCCAUCAACUUGGUACAAGCUUUAUGUCACGAGCUGGGAAAUUCCAUGGGCUCAUACACGAUUGCGGAUGAAUCGGACCGGGCUAUAGAGGAUAUGAGGCAGGGGUUGAUAUCGGACGACCUAGAUAUCAAGUUCGCAGUCGUCGACAUCCCACGGGGCGUUGGAACGUUGGACGAAACAACCCCCAACAGCUCAAUCAACCUGAGCUCUUUCGACUUGAUAAUUCUUCUAAAGGCCUCCACAGAGGAGUCUGCUACAUUGAAAUCCAUCCGAUGUCUCUUAAAGCCAGGGGGUUUUCUACUGAAGACGAUGACGGUAACAGAGGCCAUUCCGCUGGAAGCAACAGACUCUGCCCGCAAAGAGAUACACGACAUGUUGCAGAGCGUUGGGUUUUCAGGAAUUGAUUUAUUGCAAAAGAACCCAGAAGGGGAUUCGCCUUUUGUCAUCUUGUCACAGGCCGUCGAUGAUCAAGUCCGCUUUCUCAAAAGUCCGCUUGACUCGACGCCGCCAUUUACUACAAGAGGAACGCUUCUUGUUAUAGGUGGCAUCUCGCAAGAGAUUAAACAAUUUAUCGAGACAAUCCAGGAUACACUGAGAGGUGUCUGGGAUGGGGAGGUUAUUGUAAUUAGGUCCCUGACCGACUUGAAGAGCGAAGACCUUGACCAAGUGGAAGCUGUGCUUAGUCUGACCGAGUUGGAUCAGUCAGUGCUGGAAUGCCUCAAUCAUGAUACCUUUCACGGCCUACAUCAACUGUUAAACAAGUCCAAGAUAGCCCUGUGGGUCACUCAUAGCGCUGGAAAUCUACAUCCGUACCAAAGCGGUACAAUUGGACUUGUGCGAGCCGUCCAAGCUGAGAACCCGGAGAAGGUUCUGCAGCUCCUCGACUUGGACAAUAUUGAUGGAAACCAGAGAAGUGUCUCGGAGAGCUUCCUUCGGCUUAUUGGCGGUGUUAGGAUGAGAGAUCAUAGCUCAUACAGGCUGUGGACGGUCGAACCGGAGCUCUCCGUGCAAGGAAGGCGACUUCUCAUCCCGAGGGCGGGGGUAACGGCCAGAGACCCCGUUGAGCAACAGUCCGGCACACUUGUUCGUCCUAUUGAUCCUUCCGGUCUUUUCUCGCCGAACAAGACAUAUGUUCUCAUCGGCCUUAGCGGGCAGAUGGGUCAGUCUAUCACCCGAUGGAUAGUACAGAGUGGUGGGCGCCACAUUGUAAUCACAAGCCGGAAUCCCAACAAGGACCGACUGUGGACAAAAGAGCUAGAAAAGCAAGGCGCCAAUGUUGUGAUCAAGGCAGCUGAUGUGACCAAGAAGCAAGACAUGAUCAACCUCCGCAACCACAUUCUUAGCACUAUGCCCCCCAUCGGAGGUGUGGCAAACAGUGCAAUGCUUCAGUCCAAUUGUUUCUUCCCUGAUCUGACAUACGACAUUCUACAGGAAGUCCUGAGGCCCAAGGUGGACGGGUCUGUGGUUCUCGACGAGGUCUUCUCUAGCGAUGAUCUUGACUUUUUUCUGUUGUUCUCGUCCAUCUCGGCUGUGGUUGGGCAGCCCUUCCAAGCCAACUACGAUGCUGCUAAUAAUUUUAUGACCGGCUUGGUGUCCCAGAGACGAGCGCGCAACCUGCCUGCCUCGGUGAUCAACCUUGGCCCGGUCAUAGGGCUCGGUUUCAUCCAAAAUAUUGACAGCAGUGGAGGUUCGGAGGCUGUGGUUUCUACGUUGAGAGGUCUGGAUUAUAUGCUUGUCUCCGUGCGUGAGCUUCAUCACAUAUUGGCCGAAGCAAUCGUCAUUGGAACGAGCGAUGAGACUCCGGAGAUUAUUACCGGGCUAGAAACCGUCUCUGACAAUCCCCCACCUUUCUGGCACAAGAGCUUGCUCUUUUCACAUAUUAUAUAG